AUGAGCGACUCGGAAGCCUUAGACUCCCUCGAGCUCUACGAUGACGACCCCGUCCUUGAAGCCGUCCGCUCCUCAUUCCGCUCGAUAAAUACCGUAGGGACCGCCAACCAUCCAUUCUUUGAUCUCUUUCGAGAGGAUCCCAAGAUUUCGAUCACUUGCGGCCUGAGUGACUUCCUUUUCGAAGUAUCGCGCUCCAGUUCCCGCGACAUCGACAUCGUUCUCCUCGUUGCGCGCCACGCAAGAGCCGAUGAAUCACUACCGACUGUGUACUGGACCCGAGAGCGACCAGCUGCAACGUUCGGUGAGGUAUUCAACGUUGACUUCAGGGACAAAUUACGGGGCUCAGAAAUCUUUAUAGCCUUGAACGAUGGUCUGAUGUUGUCGAACAUCUUCGAAUGGGAGGGUAAGAUAGGUAGCACAGGAGUGGCUGGUGCAUGCCUCCAGCUUCUGGGUGGUUACAGUGACCUGCCCUCGUAUCUUCGUGACCCGCCAGGAAACGCUCUCGAAGCCUUGAAAAGAUUGAGCGUCUCUGAGGAGGAUGAGCCUCAGCAAAUGUUCACAAUAGACACCCUUGAAGAUAUGCAGAAACGCGACUUGAGUAGUGAGGAAAUUUUGGCGGAAACUACCCUUGCAGGGUAG